AUGGCGCAGGGGGAGUCGCGGGCCCUAGCCUCGGGGGUGCGGGUGUGCGGCGUCCACGCGGGGCGGCCGCUGGAGCUGUUCUGCGAGGACUGCGGGCGCUGCGUCUGCGCCCUCUGCCUGGCCCUGGGCCCGCACCGCGGACACCGCGCCGGCCUCCUGCCCCACGCCGUCCGCCACAAGCAGGAACUCAUGGCAUUGUGUUUGAAGGAUCUAGAAGAGAGAAAAGAGCAAGAAGCUGGUAACAGAAGGAGCAUAGAGCAGGCUGCUAAUGAUCUGAAGGCACAUGCCAUUAUGAGCAAAAGGCAGCUGUCAGACAAAGUGUCUGAGCUCCAGUUACUACUUCGGGAAGAGGAGAGUCUGGCGAAAAACUUCAUUGAUGAAAAGACUCAACAAGCCCUGGAAGCACAUGAUCAGCAGUUGGAGUCCUGUCAAGAAAAGCUGGCAGCCCUGGAGACCUUCUCACAUCGAAUCAGACAAAUACAACAGCACAGUGAUCCUAUUCAGUUGCUGGAGAAGUACACAGAAAUCGAGAAGGAAAUGCAGGAGCCCAGGCACCUGUUAGAACAGUGGCAUCCAAUACCUCUCUCAUUUGAGCACAUACUUAACCAUUAUAAGCACUUCGUGACAGUUCUUCAGUCCAUUCUACAGAAACCACUAGAAGCCCGGCUUAAAGAAGACAUUUUCAGUAGCCUUAAUGCCACUGCAAAGAAGGACCCUGGAACAGUGUUGAAAACCAUGUCUCCUGUUGAUCGGUUGCUUUUCUUAAAACAUGCAAGAUCACCAACCUGGGAAUAUGACAGCCUUCACCCAAGGCUGAAAUUGUCUGAUGACCGUCUUGUAGUAAGCUGUAAUUGGAGGAGGAUAUUUUACCCUUGUGGUCCCCAGAGAUUUGAUAAAUUAUGGCAAGUGCUAAGCAGAGAUGCAUUCCUCUCUGGGAGCCAUUACUGGGAAGUUGACCUGCUUCAUGCUGGAGCAGGAUGGUGGAUUGGCGCAGCCUACCCUUCCAUUGGCAGGAAAGGAGACUCUGAAACCUGUCGACUGGGCUGGAAUAGAGCAUCUUGGUGCCUUAAGAAGUUUGAUUUUGAAUACUGGGCGUUUCACAAGGGGGAGAGAAUCCCCAUCCUGAUAGAAGAUGAUCCUGAUCGCAUUGGCAUUUUUCUGGAUUAUGAAGCAGGAAUCCUUUCAUUCUACAAUGUUACUGAUGGCAUGGCUCAUUUGCACACCUUCUGCUGCAAGUUCACAGAACCAGUUUACCCAGCCUUGAGGCUCUGGGAAGGGUCCAUUGGAAUAUGCAAACUAACAUAAGGAACAAAGCAAAAUAAAGCCUAUUAUUUCAUGCUUUUUCUAUGAAAGCCACUUCAGCAAUCAUCUACAUGAACUCUGUCAUAUGAAAGUUGUAACUGUGAUGCUUUUAGAAGGUAACAGUUAAGUUCAAGAAAACCAACUGUAAUUUGUAAUAUAUGCAUUUUUCAAUGGGGAAGGUGAUCUGGCUUUUAUAAACGAUGUCAAUGUAUCACCUAAAGUGCCAUAUAUAAUAUUUUUUGUACUUUUUUCAACUUGCAAAAUGGAAAAAGUCUGCUUGAAAGAAGCAUAUUACAACUCAGAUUUGAACCUGGAUAUUGGCAUCUUUUUUUAUGAACUCCCUCCCCUCAUCUGCCUGGAGAGGCUGCAAUUGUGUAUGGUAAUAGGUUUAGUUUGGUUCAAGCUUCAAGUUCAUAUAUUGCAUAUUGUUAUAGCUGACAGGGUCAGAUUUGGAUAAUAAAUGCAUUAAGUGAAUUAGCUCAUACUUAAGUAUCAUCUUGGAAAAAUCAAAGACUGGCACCGACUGUUGGAAAGGUCCCUUCAAGUAAAGCUGAAGUAGGAGUCUCUGUAGCCACACUUAAUAGCCAUUAGCUAGUCUUACUUGUGACAGAGACUGAACUGCACUUCUG